AACUUUAAAUUAAAUGGAGGUGUUCCUCCUGGCCUGCAGGGGCGCAGCGGCGCUUAGUGCGCAUGCGCUCCGGGACUGGAGAAGAAGAGGUUGCUGUGGUAACGGGUGGCUCUGUGUUUAUUCUGAUCCGCACUUUGUGUUUAAAUCCAGUAUUUACGGGGUUUCUCUGCGUUUAAAAGCUGUUUUAUUGAUAAAUCUGCUGCAUUUCUCUCAGAGAGAGAAUAUAAACACCGCUAAAACCCGCAGAACUGCUUUUAUUUACUGAGGAAAGAAGAGCUUCCCGCUCCCGCUGCUGCUGCGGAUCUGGGGCCGCGUCCCAAUACUCACUCAGGGCGGGUCUAGGGCGCCUAGGCAGUGCGCACUCGGGGUUUAGAGGUCUAAAUUAGGGCGCAUCUGGAUAAAGAUGUGGAUGGCUGUUUUGGACUGAUUGAUUAGAGAUGUCAGUAAUAAACAGUCUAGUGCCCGCUCGGUUUCUGACGCUCACGGCGCAUCUCGUUAUCGUCAUCACCAUCUUCUGGUCGCGGGAUAGUAAUGUGAGGGCCUGCCUUCCACUCGACUUCACUGAGGACCAGUACAGAAACGAGGACAACCGGUUGGUGAUCGGUCUGUCGGUGACUCUGGGUCUGUUUGCGUUGGAGCUGCUUGGGUUCUUCUCAGGCGUCUCCAUGUUCAACACUAACCAAGGCCUGCUGUCUGUAGCAGCUCACUGCAGCGCGUCCGUCAGUCUGUCCUUCUUCAUCUUCGAGCAGUGGGAGUGCUGGUACUACUGGGUCAUCUUCUCCCUCUGCAGUGUGGUUCCUGCGGUGGGGGAGCUGGUACAGAUGUUUGCAGUGUUGUGUCUGAAGAAGAAGGCGAUGUGAUUCCUGCAGUGUGGGAUCUGUGGUUUAUAGAUGCUGGAUUAUGAAUUUUUGUCUUCGUGUUUAGAAGACUGAACAGUAACUGCACUCCAGGAAAACCACAGUUGGGUGAACUGUUACAGAAAUGCUGUCGCCAGUGGUGUACAGUUGCCGUGUUUCACUAUUUACAGAACUUUAUACAGUUCAAGAAGAAAGGCAUUUUUUAAAUUAAUGUUUUGUUUAUUUGUUUACAUUUUACAUUUAAAAUGUAAUAAAGUAUUUUACAGUU